AAUGGCGGGAAACGGCGGGAAAAUCAAUUCGAAAAGUGGAAACUUGUGUUCGAAAUUCCAAAUGUCCAAGAAAGCAAACAAAAAUACUCCUGGAAAAUCUCGGAAAUCGAGCAGCGAAUCAGCAAGAAAUAGUUCUCAGAAUCUUGGAAAAAGUCAAUCAGGAUACGACUAUGCUGGAAGAGUAAGAAAAUGUUGUUUAAGUUGGCAUGAAUGUGUGCAGAAAUGGUUGAGUGAAAAUAGCUGUGGCCUGGAGUUAGCCACGAAAAUUGUGAAUGGACAGCUGCAAAACUCAUCCUCUGAUGAAGAUGGUGUGGACGAAACAUCCUCAAAUCCUGUUGUGUUUGGAAAUCCUGAUGAUGAGGAUGAAGUGAUUGUUAGCGACAAAGAAAAGCUUGUGAAAAUAUUUGAAUCAAUGAAAGACAUACACAAAAAGAUGUGUUCUCUCACUUCGAAUUUCGAAGCUAUAUCCUCGCUUCGAACAAUGAAAGAAGGUGAAAACCAAUCUGAACAACCAGUCUUUGAGACAUGGCCACUGGCCAACUAUGUGAGCUUAUCAAGAAAGCUGGCAAACAUGUUUGAACAGGAGCUGAGGCUGAAAGAGAGGCUGGUUGCAAUGGUUUUGAGAGAAGCAAGUAUCGAAGACAGAAGUAAACUAAUGGCAUGUUUGGCCAUGUGGUUGCACCAACCAUAUAUAGAUGACAAAUAUCGACAAGAGAUAGAGCUCAUGUUGUUGGAAACAGGACUGCGAACAGCAUGAAUAGUGCUAAUCUAACAUGAAUCCACUGUUUAAUAUUUCAAGAUAAAUAAAUCAAUGCAAACCUACUAAAUAUUAAAAAUAUCUAUUGCCACUUAAAUUUCUGACCUUGACCCAAUACCACAAACACAGAUAGCAGAAAUAGAGACGUUUUGUAAUUGUAUAGAAUGACAGAAAUACUGAAAUACGUAGAUUUUGCGCCCAGAAUAUAAAACAUCAGAAUAUCUUCGG